AUGGACGAUGAAAAAUAUUUUACUUUGUCCAACUCUGAGAUGAAGGGUAAUGAUGGGUUUUACACGAACGAUUACGAAAAUGUACCUGAUGAAAUAAAAUUCAAAAGUAAGAAAAAAUUUGAGGACCAAAUUUUGGUAUGGUGUGCAAUUUCUGAGGCUGGCUUUAUCUCACAGCCCUACAUUGGUGUUGUUCGAGGCGAAGCCUUAAACGCAAAUAUUUAUAUUCAAAGAUGUCUCUCUAAAUUGCUUCAGUUUGUGAACACACAUCAUGCAAAUGAUCAAAUAGUCUUUUGGCCAGAUCUUGCUUCAUGUCAUUACGCGAGGAUCACAAGGGACUGGUACGAAACUAACAACAUUACGUUUGUACCGAAAGCAGACAAUCCCCCCAACCUACCUCAGGCUCGUCCAAUUGAAGAGUUCUGGGCAAUAUUAAGUCGGAAAGUCUAUAAUAACGGAUGGGAAGCACAAAAUCAGGAACAGUUAAGACGCCGCAUAUAUACAAAAAUUAGAGAAAUUGACACCGAGGUCGUCCAAAGGAUGAUGCAACGUGUCAGGGGAAUUAUUAGACAAAUCGAAAAUAAUGGUCCCUUUUCUGUCAUUUGA